CUUAACUACAUGUUUUGUUACGUCCGAUUAACCCAUAUUGUAUUAGUUGUCGUGACGUCACGUUACGUCCUGGAUUUUUCUAUCAAGCGAGGGGCGUCGGGUCCGAUCGAGUCCCGGUUCGCAAAAUGCGCCGCGCAUGCGUCAAAAUUGCGCCAAUUUCGCACGCAGCGGCCUCUACCGUCGCUUGCAGUCCACUUUUAUCACGGCGGGGAGAUGUUGCGUUGCGCGGCGAUGCACCUCGCGAGAGAUGUCAAAAAUUUAAAAAUGUACCAGUUCAAAAAUGUGAUGCGCGUUUAAGAUAUAUACGUGAUCUCCUCCGACGUCAGGCUAAUGUGUGUUGUGUGUAGGAUAAGUUAUAGUGUUCAGCAUUUUAGCAUUUGUUAGGAACGUUGUAGAAUUUUAGGAAUAAAAGUUAAAUUUGAGGUGUUAAAUUGGAUGAAGCGAUGAGCGGUUAAGUAGCGGGGUCCGACGCGGUUUCAUUAUUGUGUAGCCUGCAUAACCUUGACAUGAAUUUCCCGCGCUAGCGCCGCAACCUUGUUUUCUAAAGCAACCCCUCUUGAAAUUGUAACCUGGAAACUAUUAUAAUAAUUGGCAAUAAGUACUACAUUAUAAACGUUAUUACAUCAUAACAAUGUGUGCAGCAGAGACGAGCGGCAUAAAUUGUUGGAAAUAAUUAAAUAAACUUAUAAAGUUUGCGUAAAAACUCUUAAAUAAUGACUCCUGUGUGUCGGUUUUAAUAACGCAGAUGCCAUCAAAAUGAAAAGAUUAAAAGAUAUCAACACAACGGCAAUGAAAAUAUACAUCUUCAUAAUCUUAGUCAUCCCCUUGUCUGAUUGCGAUGUGUUAUCUGAAGCGAAGGAUUCCUACCCCCAGCCAGAGCCUGAACCUCUCCCCGUACUGCAUAGUAACGAUACACGAUGUCGAAUAUCGGAAUACCAGUGCUUUAAUAAGAAAUGUGUGCCGAUAAAUAGAUUCUGCGACGGUAGCAACGACUGUGGGGACGCGUCGGAUGAACCAAGGCACUGCACGCGCUGCAAUAAAACGUACUACGGAGACAUUGGUCGAACGUAUGAGCUGGAAUUACAUCGACCGAGGGAAGAUUUGGUGCCUUACGUCUGUUUGAUCACCAUCACCGCAGCAGGGGGAAUAUAUGGUGAUCUUGUUCAAAUCCUCUUCGAUAGUUUCACCUUAGGCCGUUUCACAUCAUUCACGGAAGACGGGUGUCCAGAUGGCUACAUGCAAAUUCAAGAAGCCAGUCGGCCGCAAGUCGGUGGAUCUUGGUGUGGUACAUCCUGGGGUCCAUCUAUAUACUACAGCGAAACAAAAUCAAUCACAUUAAUUAUUAGGCUCUUACAUCUAUCAAAGGAACAGAAUAAUUACAACUUCGACUUCCGAAUGGCAUACAAAGUUCUUAGAAAAGAAUAUGCAACAGUACGCUACGGCGGCACACCACCCUCGGAGCGACCGUUUUUCAAACUACGACCCAUGCCAUAUCCCGUAAACAUAUCGCGCGGGGAGGAUACGAACAUCGGGAGAACUACUAAAACCCCCGAGUAUUACCUCGGGGAUUUGAUUUCUGGGACUUAUUGCUCUCGAAUCUUCAGCGACUGCGAUCGUAAAAACUGUAGGUUACAAUCCCCGAAUUUCCCUGGAGUUUAUCCGAGGAAUUUGACUUGUUACUAUGCGGUCCGCCAACACGAAGUGCCUCAAGGAAAACAUGCUUUAAUAGUAGUGAAGCAGCCGAAUGGGCAAUUGGUUUCGAUUCGGAGUCAGAAAGCGUUAUACGCGACUUCGCAGCAGGAGAGGGGGAACAAUGGGAGAGAGUUGAAGUUUUGGCAGCAGUGUGAUGAGGUACAAGACUACGUGACGGUGUACGAUGGUUACACAACUAGGGACCCGGUUAUUUUAAGGUUUUGCGGCGGAGGCGUGUCCGUCCCAGAAGCGAUAUCGAGUGGACCCGAGUUACUGGUGGAAUUCACAACGUCACCCUUUGGAACAUUCCUGCAACCGGCCACGCUACAAUCUUUGCACGGAUUUCAAUUAGAAGUUGAGGUACGUUUCGUCGAUCAACAAUCGCCGACCUACGCGAAAAAUAAGCGAGCCUGCGAAUUCUGGAUUAGAGGGACUGGGCGAGGUGUGUUGGAACACCCACAGCACUCGUUGCCGCCAAAUACCACCUGCUUAUAUCAUAUGCAGGGGAUAGACACGUCGGGGCCUUCGGGACGGAAUAUUAUCUACAGGCGCCAGUUCUCAGCCCCGAGAUUUAGAGUGUGGUUCUCCGUGUUAAAAUUUUACGUGACAAACGCUCUUAAUCCGAAUCUGCCUGAGGAUGAGUACUGCGGCAGCCAUUUGAAUAUAUGGGACGGUCCUAUGAGGAUAUCGCCGGGGUGUAGCGACAUUUUUUGUGACAAGGAGCGAUCUGUGCAAAUGUCAAGAGCCACCUCACCCCAGUCCGUUAUUGUGGGCCGGCCACCAACCAACGCGACGCUAGUUGCGCGGUUCUGCCGCGAGAGGGCGCCGAGGACGUGCGAACACGCAUUGCUGAGGAAAUCGCGGGCGUGCGCAAGAACCGAGAGUUUUUUAUCCAAAGGGGACUCUCUUACGUUGGAACUGAAGCUGACGCAGGGGACCGCUUUAAAACCUGUGUUUUUCAAAGCCCUGUACGAGUUUGUGGAUUUACACCAAGAUGGUGAGCCCUGGGGUCGAGGGCCGUGUUCUCGAAGGUUCGCGUCUCGCUCCUUCCCUGAGGCCCCUGCAGACCCUCCAGUAACAUUUUCAUCACCGCGAGAUGUGUUCUUAUAUGGGAGAGGAGGCAACCGUAAUAUUAGCUGUACAUAUCGAUUCGAGGCGAAUCCUGGGGAAGCGGUUCGUCUUAAGAUAUGGAGUGUCCGGAGCGGUGGAAGGCUCUGUAGAUCAGUGCACUCAGCCCACUCGCCCUGGUACCGUUGCGGGGGAGACCCGACCGCAGCAGUAAGAGUGUUUGAUAGACCCUGGAGGGAUAGUGGUCCGGGAGUACUUAGGGAUUGCUUGUGCAGUGACGUCAUUGAUUACGAAUUUACGUCAUCAUCUACGGUGGCAGAGUUAAAAUUUGAUGUCGUGAAUAUGACUGCUUUAGACGACUUCAGGUCAUUCGGUUUUGAGGCGUCCGUUGAGUUUGUGAGAGUGGAAGCCGUGUGCGAAGGAACGCAUAAAGUGCACGGUCCUAGCGGGGAAUUGCUGUUGUAUUCUUCUAUGAUAGAUAUGGACCGCUGCGACCAACGUCCAUGGCUGAUAGACCCUUCACCUGGGCGAUACCUCUACAUGAAGAUAGAGGGCAGUAUCAUCAAGGAACCAGAUCUGGACAACUUCACGCUCCUCAACAACAUCACUGUAGCACCAGACCUGAGGCAUAUGUGUCUCACCCAGAAUCGAAUAGCUGUCUAUACGGGGGGCUUAGCGCCGAUGUAUAUUUGCCCUUAUCCGCCUCAUAAACAGGAAGAACAAAGUGUGGAAAUAUUCUCAGACGGGUGGAUAAAAGAAGUGGAUCCUCUCGCGAGACAUGUGCUAGCGCCGCCCCCGUCCCCGGACCGAGUGGAGCUGGACUGGCCCAGGUCUCUUAGUGUCGAGCUUAUAGCUGUCGAGAGCGGCUCCUAUUACGUCACGUGGUUGGAACUUUCGAGAAGACAUCCCAGCGAGCAUGGUGGCGUGUUCGCGCUCUCCGGCGACUGCCAGUACCGCUGCCCGUCGAUAGACGCGUGCAUAUCCGCGGCGCUGUGGUGCGACGGGAUCAGCCAGUGCCCGGACGGUGAAGACGAGCGGCUCACGCAGUGUUCGCCGUUCAUGAACGCGCCGUACCACUACCUGACUGGUUUCGUUGCGUUCGUUGCUUGUGUCGCGUUCGUUGUAGUAGCAGCCACCCGCAGCUGCCGGCGGCGGCGCUCCGCCCUCCAACAGCGACUCAAGAGCCUCUCCUCAGACACGGCCAUAUUCGACGAGAAAGAAGUGAUUUGCUGACCAAGCGAAGACUCCGUGCGAUAUGUGGAAAUAGACAGAGUCACCACGGUGUGACUCUCCACGCGCGGAGUCUAGUUCGUUUGUUGAAUUUGACAGUUGUUGCGUCAGACAGCGAGUGCGUCAGUUCGACACGCUCGUUGCCCGCUCGGUCGAACUAUACGAGUCCCGAGUACGAUGUAUAUAAUUACUCGAAAUUGAAUAGUUUUAAAGCGCGCCUUGGACCAAAGUGCUGCCGAUCGGUCAGUUUCUUUAUAUUCGGUUUGAAUGAUUUCUUGUUAAAAUACGUUCGAUGCCUUGUGUAGUUGUAAGAGUUUUACAGCAUUCCUUUCGUUGAAUUAUGCAUUUUUAAACGCACAAUUUUUAAAUUUUCAGACCGAUCGGUUCUAGGCUGAAUGUUUCGAACUUGUGUUACGUGAUUCAAAAUGAGGAGAUUGUAAAUAAAUUAGUUGAAUCGAUCGUUAUUUUAUCGAUAAGUAGUUAUUUAUAUAAAAUAUCGUUGUGGCAAUAAUUACGUUCAAUUGUAUCAAAAUAAACGAUGAGCCUGUGUUCCCUAAAUUCGUAUACGUGAUACAUUACUGCCAUUUUAUAAAGUUCAUUAACGAAAUUAAAAAGUGUGAUUUUAGUACCCGAAAAUUGUACAGAAUUUAUUUUACAAUUUAUCAAGACGUCUAUUGACGAAAACUAUUGUAUUGGCUAUGAGUUUGCCAAAAAUUUAUGUUUAUUUUAAAAUAUUAAUAAAAAUUUACAUGAUUUACCGAUUAUAUUGUAUCUGCCAAAUAAGAUUAUGUGUUCAUUAUUGUAAAAUUUUAAAUAUGAAUGAUGAUUUGUCAAAAUUACUGAAUUUAAAUAUUUAUACCCAAUAAACGGUAAAUCAAGUCCACCUCAGGAAGCAAUUUAAAUAAAAUAUCCUAAAGUGUAAAUAAAGAUUAAACUAAUUCAUAUCUUAGUAAAGUAUUAAAGUGAUAUAAAUUUAUUUCCCAAGGAAAUUAUUGAAGUUUAUUAUAAUAUCGAGUUAACUAUUAGUAAAAUUGUAGAGAUAUAAAUAACGACCUCGUAAUGUUUAGGUUAGUACAAAACAAAUAUUAGAUUUGGAUUCGCUAAAAUACGUCAUCGCAUCUUUGGAUGAUAGUGACAAAAAAUUUAUUGUAAAAAGACUUAACAAAUAUUGAAGAAAAUUUGUCUAUUGAUCACGCCUGGUCUAAGGAUUCAUGGAAAAGUUUAGAGUUUUAGGGAUUUUCGGUAAUAACAUUAAUGGGUCAAGGUGUUUUUUAUCGAAAGGGCUAUAAGAAAUAAGUAUCGCAAUGAUAUUUCUAUAGAUCAGGCUUAAUAUGAUAAUCAUUUCACCAUGUCACUGCCAAAUAGUGAAAGAUAAACAAACCUGUGUUCUAAUGGUGAAUGUAUGUAAAGAUUUAUAUUUUUAAAUAGUUGUUACAUAUUUGUUAACAGUGGUCGUACGAACAUAUUUUAAACUUUAUAGACAAAAUUAUUAGCGUGGCAUUUCUUAAAAUUAUAAGAAUAGUUACUUUUAUUAAAAUAAUAUGUAGACUGUAAAAGUUGUAAAUCCAAAGAUUACAAAUGCCAGCUCACGCUUACUUCAAAUACAAUCUCAGAUUUUGUUUAUCAAUAAACCAUUAGGCUCGCAAGGCGUAGUUAAAAGGAUAAAGUUAAAUAUUUAACCGGCUGGUUAUUGGUCAAAAAGUUAAAAAAAAAAUAAGUCUGAAGUUUUGUGAAAAGCAUGUUUUGGAAAACUGUUAAUCUCUCAGUGUGCUCGUAUGAUGAUUUAUUAAACUAGUUAGAAAAUGUGAAAACGAUUUUCAAAAAUGUGUGUUCACAUCAAAAUUUUAUGUCAUAAUUCUUAACGUGACGGACAGUAUGGCAAGAUUUUUAUGCAUUGGAACGAUUAAAAAAAUAUUAUCUCAUUAAUUAAGUACCAACAGUGCGCAGUAAAUAUAUAAUUCGAAAAUAUAUUAUUAGUAAACAGUAUCUUUCAUGUGAGAGGUACAUUUUUCUAACAGCAAGCCCGUCAAUAGAAUUUCAAUAUCAGAGACCUACUUACAGUUUCCUCCUUCAAUAAAUUGCUUAAAAUUUGACGCGUUAACUGUCAUGUCAGUCACGACGUCAUAUGAACCGGUCCUCGAACCAGGCGCAAGUUCUGUUAUUCAAUUAUUUCGGACCGAUAACUUAUACAAUGCUUAAAAUAAGAGUUACAUGAAGUAUGGUGGCUGUCUUUACCGUUGUUGGCUAGUAAUGGCCAUAAUUUUCACUUCCCCGGCUUGAACAUAUAAUUAAUAGAUUGUAGUAACCUCAUUAUCUGAAAGGUAUCUAUUAAAAAGUGAUCUGAUUAUGGGGCACGUCACCAGCACAAUUAUAGCUUUUUCACAUAUUUAUUUGAAGCCUAAUCCUUUUAUUUCUUCAACACAUUGGUUUUUUAACAAAUUAUCAAGCCGGAGGAAAUCACUAAUUUUUUACGUACUUGGAAGGUCACAAUGGCCACAAACGAAGUUGAAAAUAACGCUCACGUCAUAAUAAUACACUUACCUUAAAAAUUGUACAAAAUAUCAGUCCGAAAGAAAUUGGUCACGGACUCUGUCGCUGGCUCGGGGACCAAACGAACUGAUUAGCUCAGCAUUGGCUCAAUUGGAAGCGUAUAAGCGUGAUUAUCGCAAAAGAAUCUUGCUAAUUUUCGGGAAACGACCCUAAUGUAGUAGAAGUUUUGUUUAAUCUAAUUAGGAUAGGCACGAUGACGUAGAAAGUGUAUCGUCUUCCAUAAUGUACGAGUUCUGGAUUGUUUUCCCGCUUUAAUUUGAAACGAUUGAUAUUUCCACAAUUGGAAGCGUAUCCAAGUCAGGUAUUAUCCUGGAAGACAAUAAUGAUGGUAAAUAGCUGUAUAAGACAGAGGCAUAAUUUCACAUUCACAGGUUAUCAAAAGUUAUGAUGAUAAAAGUUUUUAAAAUAAAAUUAUUUACUGCAUGA